GGUGGGUGGACCGUCGCGGAUCUCAGCGGCGCGCGGGAUUUGCGUGCAAGAUGGAGUUCAGGGCGGGGGUGUGGGUGGAAUUUGAGGAGGGGGUCAUGGAGGUGACCAAGGAAUACUGACUGAUCAGGGGCGGGUGACAGUGAGGUUUAGAGUGAGGCUAAACUCUGGUAAAGCUGCGGCGCAGUGGGUGGGAGGAGUUCGGGGGCGGGGCUGCGAUGGCGUGCUGCCCGACUGCGGGUCUGUGAGUGAAUAUGGCAAGUGGAGCAUGAAGAGGUGAUCUGUCGCUUUAUCCAGCAGCUCAAGGGCCGGGUGGUUCGAGAGGCCAUUCAGAAGAUGCAGCCAGGUGGCAGAGAGGGGCCAAGGCAUCAAGGAACACCGCUCCCAGCCCCGGUAGAGGUAUGGAUGGAUCUUGCUGAGAAACUAACAGGCCCAAUGGAGGAAGCCCUGACUGCAGCUUUCUCCCAGGUGCUCACCAUUGCUGCUGCAGAACCCCUCAGCCUCCUGCACUCCAGGCCAGGCAAGCCCACAAAGGCCCGUGGAAAGGCACUGGUGUUCUUGAGCAACCAAGAUGGGCAGAAGGAUCCUGCAUCUGAAGGUUCUGGGCCUGUCCCCAUGACUGCUGCUGACCCUACUCGUGAGGCUUCUGUCUCUGACCCUAAGGCCUCUGGAGCCAACCCUGAGACCUCUGGCCUUGCCUCAGAGGUCACUGUCCCUGACCCUGAUGCCCCAACCAAGUCCCUGGCUGGAUCCUCCACAGAGAGAGACCUUGCUGUGGACUUUGAGAAGAUCUACAAAUACCUUUCCUUCUCCUCCAGAGGUGGCCAUGGCCCUGAGCUCUCAGCAGCUGAGUCAGCUGUGGUCCUUAACCUGCUCAUGGCACUUCCAGAGGAACUGUCCCACCUGCCUUGCACGGCCCUGCUGGAACAUAUGACCAAAACAUAUGCUCAACUGAUGGCUCCCCAGACCGCUCUCCCUGGAGAGAAGAGGCCCAGGCCUGGGACUGAAGAUGGAGGGACUGGCUCCACAGGGCCAGAGGAGCCUGACCAAGCUAGUCCUCAAGCUUCUGAGCCCAUAGAGCCGAGGCUGGCCUGGAAAGCAGUUGGGAUCUGCCCACUGAACCCGUUCCUGGUACCCCUGGGCCUCGUGAGCCAGGCCCCCAGCCCUUCGAGGUGAAGAGUACAGCAGACGAGAUGUGCUGAGUUUUGCCCAGAACAUCAGUCCAGCACCACUGGUGUUGGAACUUGAUUGUGGACUUCCUGACACAGUGUUCAGCCAUAGGCUAAGCCUUCAGAUGCUGUAUACACCAGCAGCCUUAGAAAGUGAAGCACAAUUGUGAUGAAUGAGGGCUGGAGAGACGGAAGGCUCUACACAAAGCAGGAUUCCUGCACUGGUAGAUUGGGGCAAGUGUCUCUAGCCCACUGUGCCUAUUCUCUGCCAUAAUAGCAGCACAUCAUUACCCCUUUGUGUGUGGCUCUAGCAUCUGGAUCCCCCCCAGCACACUCUCCCCACCUCAGUGGACCUCUGGAUGGUUCUCUUCACCUUUUCCUGGGGUGUCCUGUAACCCUCAAUAAAGCUAUCAUCUACCUA